GUUGCUUGUUGCUGAAAGAUGCAAGUUGAAGGGACCAAGAGACUUAGUGCCGGUCUCGAUAGCAUAGGUACCUAAGAUCUUACAGCGGGAUAUGCACGUAAGAGAACCACUAUAAUCAGCUGACCGCGACUCUUUCUCGCGUUAAGUACAUUGCCUUUUACAUUGCCUUUAGGUGCCCCAAAACGCGUCGGGCAAUUCUAGAAAACAACCCGUCCCACCUUUUUCUUGCCGGUCUGAUGCCAAUUCCGUUUCUUCUAUCCUUGAUAUAAAACAGACAGCUCACCUACCUAGGUAAUCGCUAGUACACACUGGUGCAAAUAAUUCAUUCUAUUCUUCACUUUUCUUUUUUUUCUCCCCAUCUCAUAAUUUAAGAUAUUGCGUCCAUGAGAGGAAUGCACUGAAUUACUGACACUACCCCCUCAUAAUACUAAUCCGCGUUGAAUAUCUCAAUAUGGCGGAGCAAGACGAAGCCGGUAGGCUUUUUAGCCUUUGCGUAUUUACUUUUGUCCUUAGUAAGGACUUAGGCGAGGGAUUGAUUGCCGAGCUUUCCGAGAGUCUCGUCAAGUUUGGUGGCUCAGUCUUGGCAGCAAAACGCGAUGGUUCCUUGCCACUUGCGCAAGUGACCCACGUGAUCGCCAACUCGAUCGAUUUCCCCCAGUAUACCGACGCGACGGCUAUGAUGAUCCCCGUUGUUAAGUCUAAGUGGAUCACGGCAUCCUUAGCCAAGGGGAGGCAAGCUCAGAUACGGCCGUUUACGCCUGACCCUCGAAUGAUCUUCUCUGACGUAGUAUUGUCCUGCGCUGAUAUCCCACCUACCGACAAAGAAGCUAUUAUUGGUGCUACAAUGGCCAUGGGAGGAAUGGACUCGGAGAAUGUCACCAAGCUUACUACCCAUAUCUGCGCUCUCUCUAUGGACCAUCCCAAAUGUCAGCUAGCUAUGGAGAAGAAGCUCAAAUGCAAGAUUGUUCUUCCUCAUUGGUUUGACGAUUGUUUCAAGCUGGGAAAGCGAAUUGAUGAGAGCCCGUAUCUUUUACCUGACCCUGAGUACUUACGUGCUAAUCCCGAGGAUGCGAUCCGAGUGCCCCCCAGCCAACACCUUGAGGGUGCCACUUCUGCUCGACCAGACUAUCUACCUAGCCCCGACCGCGACGACGACGCUCUAGAAGCUCGUCCUAGCCUUACUGUGUUUGACGGAAAAAAGAUCAUGUUGUCAUCAGACUUGUCGAUUAGGAAUCGGCUUAGGGACAUCAUUUUAGGACUUAUUAACGAUGGCGGGGGUGAGAUGACUGAUAAUGUCAAGGAGUGUGACUGGUUCAUCUGCCAAUAUCGUGAUGGACCCCAAUACAUACACGCCGCGCAGGCCGGAAAGACCGUUGGAAAUCUGUCAUGGUUAUAUCAUCUGAUCACCCACAACGAAUGGACGUCCCCUCUACGACGCCUUCUCCACUAUCCUGUUCCGCGCGACGGUAUCCCUGGUUUCAAGGACAAGCGAAUUACGGUGUCAAACUACGGAGGAGAAGCUCGUAUAUACCUGGAGAAUUUGAUCACUGCUGCUGGCGCAAGGUAUACGAAGACUAUGAAGGCCGACAACACACAUCUUAUCACUGCCCGAGAUAAUAGCGAGAAAUGUGAGGCUGCCCGAGAUUGGAACAUCAAUAUGGUCAACCACCUUUGGAUCGAAGAAAGCUACGCAAAGUGCGAGAUGCAAAGCAUAACAAUACCCAAGUAUACUCAUUUCCCGGCUCGUACGAAUCUUGGCGAGGUUAUUGGCCAGACAUUUCUAGAUGAGAAGAAACUACGAGCGCUAUACUAUCCCGGCGGCCCAGAGCAACUUACGCCAACAUCAAAGCGGAAGCGCAAGGUUUUGGAGAUGGCCAAUGAGAAUUCGUUCUCCGAAGGCCCGGCUGAAGGUGUUGCGAUCGGUCGCCAAGCUCACAAGGAAUUUGACGUUAUGAAGGAUACAGAUGGCGAAUACGCGCAAAAAACCACAGAAGUAUUUGGAGUACCAGCACCGCAGAAACGUCGGGAAUCGUCCGAGCUAAAGACUCCGGCUAAGGGCCGUCACGUCCGUGCCGGUAAAGAAAACGAAACACCUUCUACAGUUUCUUCAAGCCGAAGCGCCAAGGAUAAGGCAUUAAAUAGGUUAUCAAUCCUAGCGCCUGAUAUUGCUCUAUACGAAAAGGAAAAGAAACGAGGGCUUAAGGAUGGCCAUGGCCUCUGGGGUGGCAAACGAGCAGCUGAUUAUAUCGACCGGGAAAAUCUGAACCGCCAUAGUCUCUCGAGUCCAAGUACAGGAGGCGAAGAAAAACAGAUAAAGUUGGAGAGGCGGCCCGCGAAGAAAGCAAGACCGACGCUCCCAGAUGUGAAUAUGAGGGUAGUCCUCACCGGAUUUCAGCGGUGGGUUAAUGAGAAGCAUAAGGAGGAUGCGGACCGAAAAAAGUUACGCGACCUCGGCAUUGCCGUCGUAACAGAUGGUCAACAAUGCGACUAUCUCGUAGCCCCACAUCUGGUACGGACAGUCAAAUUCCUUCGUAAUCUAUCCAAGGGCGCUACUAUUGUAUCCUCGAGCUGGAUUGAAGAAUGUCUAGAUACAAAAGAGCUUCUGGACCCUCAAGAUUUCAUCCUCAAGGACAAGGAGAACGAGAAGAAAUUCGGCAUCAAGCUCGAGGACUCGGUCCAGAGAGCGCGAGCGAACAAAGGCAAGCUCCUCUGGGGCAUGCCCAUAUACUGCACGGCCAGCAUCAAGAACGGUCCGCAUGGCUACCAAGCUAUUGCCGAGGCCAACGGUGCCCUAUUCAUGGUGUACGGUGCGCGCAGCGGGACGACGAUCAAGCCCACAGCGCCGGAAGACGACGACGGGGAGCCCGAGCCGGUGUACCUACUUAGCAACACGAGCCCCGAGGAGAAGAAGCUAUGGCAGAAGUUCGAGGACAUGGCGCGCAAGGGCAACAUGGAGCCGCGCAUCGUCGCGGCCGAUUGGCUGCUCGAUAUUGUUAUGACCCAGCAGGUUAGCUUCGACGAGAGGUACCUAGUAACGAACUUCUUCGCAUGAAAAGGAAGCUAGGCGUUGGUUCGUGGUCGUGGCGGUAAAUACCAUUUUUACGUUUUAUCUGUUUGUAAUGCUUGCGUUAUGAGUUCCGCGUUUCCGCUGCAUAGCUAGGGGUUCUGGACGGGGUGGCGUUUCGGAGCAUCUCUACUAUUAUUCCUUUUCCACAGCUCGGGGUAAGUAUCGCUACCUAUCCCAUCCCAUCCCAUCCCAUCCACCGCGUCAUGCCAUUUCAAGUAGUAGCUUCGUACCCAUACAAGUAAGCAGGAUGGGGCUUGCUUGUCGUUGGGUCCUUGUAUAUAUUAUGGAACAUAUACUUGAGCACAGCAGUUACUAGUAGAGCAAAUUAUGGUUU